AGAUAUUACAAAGCAGCAACUUUUGUUGGAAAGGUUACAUGACGCACACACACACUCAACAUGGCAACCACACUGCAUUUGAUCGGUGGUCAAGGAGGCAGUUCAUUUCAUUUCCAUGGCAUGGACAACGGUGCCACCCUCAAGAAGAUUGGAGUGGCGGUGGAAGGCUCGCAGGUCAAAGCUGUGCGGGCGGAGCUGACCGACGGGAAAGUGGCGACUUUUGGAGAUGAGAACACUUUCAAUGAGUUUGAGUUCAACCUCGGCGAGCGCAUCACAAAGCUGUCGCUGUGGGAUAACGGCGCCGGCACAUUUCUGGGUGCCAUCAAGUUCACGACGAGUGAAAACCGUCAGUUCUUUGAAAAAACGACCAGCUGGCCACUGAUUACUGAGUACACCGUAGAUGUGGGGUCUGGAAUCUGCCUGGUGCUGGAGGGCAGGUCUGGCUUGGCCGUUGAACGUAUGGGCUUCCUCUUCAUCAACCCCAUCAAGUCGUCCGUGCUGACCAACAUGGAGUAUGCCAACCUGUCCCUCUUCAAACCCCAGGUAAGCUCUUUUAUAGAUGUGUGUAGACGGCUCAGGAAAACUCUACCGAUGCUCUAA